GUCACCAGGCAUCAGGUCAUUUGGCUCGCCAGCGGGCACCGCGUCAACUGGCAAGGCAGUGGGCACCGAGUCACCAGGCACGACAGUGGUCACCGGGUCAUCUGGCGCUGGAUCGUCUGGCUCGACAGCGGGCAUCGGGUCACCAGGCAUGACAGCGGGCACUGGGUCAUCAGGCAUUGGAUCGUCUGGCUCGACAGCGGGCAUCGGGUCAUCAGGCACCAGGUCAUCUGGCGCUGGAUCGUCUGGCUCGACAGCGGGCAUCGGGUCACCAGGCAUGACCGCGGGCACUGGGUCAUCAGGCAUUGGAACAGGAAUGCAGGUAACAAGAUACAGGGGCCCAUAGAAAAACACACACCAAGGCACAGACUGCAGGUCUGGCCAUCCCUUAAAUACACCUCCGUAAUCAGCUUCAGGUGUUUGGCUGACUACAGGGUUGAG